AUGAAUGUUGCAUUAAAACUUCUUGCUCUUAUGUUCGCCACUCAGAGAUGUGUUGCAGAGAUAAAAGUUGGGGGGGGAGGUGCUGAACAGUUUGUAGAAAAAAGUGAUACUGUUCAAUUUAUUUAUCAUUUAUCAUUACCAACAGCAUUAAUCACUUAUGAUAAUAUUGUUUAUGCUGCCUUUACUGAUGAAGAAAAUUGUGAAGAUCGUGAAAUUCGUUGGUUAUCUUAUUGUUUAGCAAUUGCUUUUGCAUUCGGUUAUUUACUUCUUUGUUCAUCUCAUUAA